AAAAACCAUUUAAAAAAAAAAGAAAGAAAGGAAUCAAAGAGAGAGAGAAAAAGAAAAAAAAAAAAAAAAGUUGAAAACUCUGCGCCAAGUAACAUCUAGUCGUCGGCGAUGGAAACUCGCCGGAAAAUGAGAUUUCCGGCUUCAUUCACCUACAAGUACAAUGCUCCUGUCUCGUUUCAUCAUCGUCAUGUUUUCCACGAAAAGCCAUAACCGGAAGCUGAAAAUAUCUCUUUCGUUUUCGUUUUUUUUGCGGAUGGAAAGCGAGUGCUUUGUCCUGUUCUUAUUUUUGUGAGUAAAUAUUGGUGUUGAUCUAUGGUGUUAAUGAGUAGGUUUUGGUUAUCGGAUUAUUUGAGGUUGGAUUAACGAGUGGGGAACCGUGGGCGAUAUUUUGAAUUGACUGAUUUGGCUAGCUUUUGGUUUCUGGAAUUGAAGUCUCUGGAGAAUUGUUUUUGUCAAAUGUUCUGUAAAGUUGCUUUCUAGAAGCUCCGAUUUGAUGUUCAGACUGUAUAGGGGAAGGAAGAGCAGUUAGGUCUGACUGUAGAGUGUUUUUGGUUGGAAAAAUGCCUUUUCCGAUGAGAAUCCAGCCGGUCGAUUCAAUUCGGAGCGAUGUUGCUAAACCGCCGGUGUUGAAAUCUCGGCUGAAGCGGCUGUUUGACCGUCCGUUCAACGGCGUGCUAAGGAUUGCAUCUGCGGAGAAGGCUGCCGCCGGCGAAAAGGACGGCGGCGCCGGUGCGGUGCCGGAAUUUGAACCAAGCACUGUUUGUUUAGAUAAAAUGGUUCAGAAUUUCAUCGAAGACAACAACAACGAGAAGAAAUGCGGCCGGAAUCGCUGUAAUUGCUUCAACGGUAACAGCAACGACAGUUCCGACGACGAACUUGAUUUCUUCUCCGACUCGCUAUCCGCUAAUUCUUCGUUCAGCGAUCCCUCGGACUCGCUCAAGGCUUUGAUUCCUUGCGCGAGCGUCGCAGAGAGAAAUUUAUUGGCAGAUGCAUCGAAAAUCGUUGAGAAGAACAACAAAACUUGCAAAAGGAAAGACGAUUUGAGGAAAUUGGUCACCGACGGCUUAGUUGCGCUCAGUCAUAACGCUUCACUCUGCAAAUCCAAAUGGGAAAAAUCAUCCUCCAUUCCAGCAGGCGAGUACGAGUACAUCGACGUCCUAAUAGACGGCGAGCGUAUCUUAAUCGACGUAGAUUUCCGAUCGGAGUUCGAAAUCGCCCGAUCGACGAGCAGCUACAAGGCGAUUCUCCAACAGCUCCCCUACCUCUUCGUCGGAAAAUCCGACCGCCUCCUCCAGAUCGUCUCCAUAGCCUCCGACGCCGCCCGUCUCAGCCUGAAGAAGAAAGGAAUGCACAUUCCGCCAUGGCGGAAAAUCGAGUACCUCAAAUCCAAAUGGCUCGGCCCCCAUACCCGCAUCUCGCCGCCCAAAUCCUCCGACCCUACCCGAGAACCCGAACCCGACACCCUCGAAUACGAAGUCGGCGAAUUGAACCUGAUCUUCGGCGAGGAUUCAGCUUCAACAGACGAGGCGAAAUCGCCGGCGAAAGAUCCUCCGCCGGAGAUGACGUGGCAGCUGCCGGCGGUGAAACCGAAGAGUUUCGACCGGGGAAAUAAACCGGUCGUCACCGGCUUGGCCUCUCUACUCAGAGAGAAGCUCUAAAUAAUUUUGGCUUUCCCAUUUUGCCCCUACGAGUAAUUUUUUUAAAUCAAAACAAAAAACAAAUAUAUAUAUAUAUAUAUAUAUAAAUAGAUAAAAGAAAACGGUCCAGAAUUAAAUCAGAGGUAUGAUUAUCUUCAGUGGAGAGAAAUUUUGUAAAUUUAAAAUUUUCCUUUUUGUUAUUCCCCUUAUCUUUUUCACAGAAGGGUUUUUUAUGUAAAAAAAUCACCCCCACCCUAAAAUAAAUAAAUCCCUUUUUGUAAUUUAAUAAUUUAUAACAGUGUGUUUAUGAUAUCA